AUGCAAAAAGUCACUAGCAAUGGGAGCUCGACUCAACACCCAACCGAGUAUACCUCUCUUCUCUCCAAACCCUUCAACAAUGAGCCAUGCAGCGACCCCAAAAGAAGUGAAGAACCAUUCUCACGAGCUCUCAUCCUCACCGAAUUUUGGCUCUUGCUGAAACACUCGAUCCCCGUGAUUCUAGCCUACACCCUGCAAAACAGCCUGCAGACCGUAUCCGUGCUCAUAAUCGGCCGCUCGUCACCAGAGAACCUCGCAGCGAGUGCAUUCUCGCAGAUGUUUGCCAUGGUGACGGCGUGGAUGAUUGGGCUAGGGGGUACAACGGCUAUGGAUACGCUUGCCUCCUCUUCGUUCACGGGCAGCUCCAACAAACAUGACCUGGGAAUUUUACUGCAGCGAGGGUUCAUUGUUCUGGGUCUUUUCUAUAUACCCGUUGCUUUUCUGUGGGCGUGUUCAGAGCCGAUUUUCUUGUUCCUUGGUCAAGACCCGCAACUUUCAAGCGAUAGUGCGAGGUUCUUAACUUGUUUGAUUCCCGGAGGAUUGGGAUAUAUCUAUUUUGAGGUGAUGAAGAAGUACUUGCAGGCUCAAGGCAUCAUGCGAGCCGGAACAUACGUGCUGUUGAUUACAUCGCCCUUGAGCGCCGCUCUCAACUACAUUUUCUGCUACAAGUUCGAGAUCGGCCUCCUAGGCGCCCCCCUAGCUACGGGUCUCUGCUACUGGCUCUCUUUUGCCCUUCUUGUCCUCUAUGCACGUUUCAUCAGCGGCUCAGAGUGCUGGGGCGGAUGGUCCCGCGAGGCGUUCCAAAACCUGCGCACAUUCGCCCGGCUCGCUCUUAUGGGUAUUAUCCACGUCGGCACAGAAUGGUGGGCUUUUGAGAUCGUCGCUUUAGCAGCUGGUCGCCUGGGUACUAUCUCACUGGCUGCUCAAAGUGUUAUCAUGACCGCCGACCAAGUUCUCAACACGAUUCCUUUCGGUAUUGGGGUCGCGACAUCCGGCCGCGUCGGCAAUCUUCUUGGGAAGAGGGAUGAUACUGGCGCUGCACGGGCGGCACAUACCUCUGCCCUGCUCAGCGUGGCUUUCGGUGGUAUUGUGCUGGUUGUUCUGAUGGGGACACGAGAGCAUUUUGCAAAGAUAUUCAAUGACGAUGCUAGCGUUGUGGAUCUUACGGCCGAAGUGUUGCCUUAUGUGGCGCUUUUUCAAAUUGCCGAUGGUCUUAAUGGGAGCUGUGGGGGAGUUUACGAGGAAUGGGACGACAGCAUGUGGGUGCUAUGGUCAAUAUGGUUAGUUAUUACUGUGGGUCUAUGGGUUGGACAGUGUAUUGCGUUGUAUUUGGUUGGAGCGCUGGAGUGGGUCAUUGUUGCGCGCAGUCAGUGGGAGAAUGAGGUGCACAAAGCCUUCCAGCGCAUGGAUGUACAUGGUAUUUUGGAGGAUGGGGUGGAGGAAGAGUAG